UGCUUCUUUACAAAAUGAGACUCGUAUCAAAGUUAGACUUCAGGAGGACUUUUCAUAUCUGUGGGCCUCCAGGAACAACAUUUUAACUCUAAUUUAACCGAACUAGUGCUUUAGUCUGAGAGGAGGAGGAGGAGGAGGGGCGGGUAGGCUAGUCUGAGGAAGCUAAGCUAUGCUAGCUUUCCAUGCUAGCUUUCAUGGUCACCGGACAUCGCAAAUAGUUCUUCAUGUAAAAAAACUAAAUCCUCCUCCAGAAUCAUGGGGAACGGAAUGAACAAGGUUAUUGAUGGUCUCUAUUUAGGAAAUAUAAGAGACGCAGAGAACCGAGAAAGUUUGUCUCGGUACGGUAUCACACACAUCCUGUCUGUGUACAACAACGCCAAACCAGUAUUUGAGGACAUGACGUACCUUUGCAUUCAUGCAGCAGAUGCCUCUAAUCAAAACUUGUUACAGCAUUUUAAAGAGUGCAUCCGCUUAAUCCACGAGUGUCGACUUAACGGAGGGGCGUGUCUGGUGCACUGCCUCGCCGGAGUGUCUCGCAGUACCACCAUAGUGGUGGCCUACCUGAUGACCGUCACCACCUACGGCUGGGAGGAAUGUUUGUCUGCGGUUAAGGCUGUGCGGUCGUUCGUUGGUCCUAACUGCGGCUUCCAGCAGCAGCUCCAGCAGUUCCAGAGGACGCAGUUAUCAGAGUAUCGCCUGUGGCUCCGGACCAGCUACAGGCCCAGUCCGUUUAACGAGCAGGAGCAGGUUUCGGCUUUACUUGUCCUCUACGCAGAGCAACAGGCGCAGGAACGGCGGAGACGAGGAGACCAGGACUGGAUGAACCAGGCUUCUGGUGUUCACGACCUGCCUUAUAGACGCUGUAACAGAUGAGAGAUCUGCACUAAAAGAAAGCACUCCAGGCUCGUAAUGACUGCUGCUCACCUGUAUAACCACAUACACUAAGCUUAACAGAGCUAGCGAGAUCACUUUCACUGCCCUUAGUUAGGACUUCUGAUAAAAAAAACAUCGGCAACCCCAUAAAUGUAUCAUCAGUCCACUUCCAGUCAGGAAAAAUAAUGGGGACAGUGAUCACAUUGAAUCAUUCAUUCUUGAGAGGUCUAAAUUCAUCAUCAAGCAAAACAAUGUAUAAGAAGGAGCUGUUCAAUUCAUUAAAAAAAAAAUCUAAUCAAAUAAAAAUGGUCACACUAUCCAUUUUUUCUAUUUAUUUAAUUUAAUUGCCGGAUUACCAUUUACUGUAUUUUUAAAAUUAUUGUAAUUUAUUUUUCCGUUAAAUUAAAGUGUUCCGAUUACUCAUCUGUUGCACACGUUGAAGAGUGAUUUGUUUUUAAAUACAAUGAUCUACUUACUGAUCCUGCACAAACUGUAUUUUUUUCUUUUGUUAAAUAAAAGCAGAAAAAUGAA